AUGCUGUACUUCCUCGACCACAAGGAGCUCGCAGACUGCGCCGUGCGGGUGCCCGCCGGCGCGGCCGCUGCGGAGCAGGAGGUCCCCUGCCACAAGCUGGCGCUGUGUGCGGCGUCGGGCUUCUUCUUCCGCAGCUUCAUCGCCGGGGCCGGGGCCGGGGCGGUGGUGGCGCUGCCAGCGCUGCCGGAGGACCAGGAGCUGCGGAGGCAGGUCGACGUGUCCCAGUUGUUCCCCGUGGUACUGAGGUACAUCUACAGCAACCAGGCGUGGGCUUCGAUCGAUAGCCUGGUGACCAGUGAGAAUGCAAUGGGCCUGUUUGCACUGGGCGAGCUGCUCGAGAUCCCGACGCUCUCGGCGAGAGCGUUCCAGUUCUUGGACGAGGCCGUGCUCUCCCCAACCUCCGCGGCGCAGCUGUUGUACGCUGCCGUGCAGCUUAGGCGAGUGGCCGGCGGGUCUGCUGGGGCUGGCUUCGAGACUUCGUGCCAGCGGUGCGUCGAGGUCCUCCGCCAGGGCUUCGGGCAGGCGUGCGCGGCGCCCAGCCGCGGGCGGCAGCUGCUCAGCAAGCUGCCCGUGGAUGUCCUGGCGCCCAUACUGGAGGCCCCAGACCUCAACGUGCCCUCCGAGGGCAUCGUGCUGGAGGUUGUGCAGCGCUUCCUGAGAGCUCGCCUUGCGCGCGAGGAGGCUGGCCUAGACUUCGCCGACCUGAGGCUCACCGAGGCCCCUGCGAUCAUCCCGCAACUAAUCGGCAGCCCAGGCGGGGUGGUGUGGGAGGUGUUUAUUGUGGAGCAGCCUCUGUCGCCACCCCUAGACCCGCCCGAGACCGCCAAGUACAGCGCGGCGUCGCCAGUUGCUGUCCCCACGCAGCAGCCCGCGGGGGUGUGCACCCUCGGGCAUCAACUGUCGCUCCGCUACCCAGUGGGGGCCGUGGGCGCCGCUGGGUGCGCGGGCUGCGCAGUGCUGCGCGUCGUGGGCGCCAGCGGGGAGGUGCUCUGCGCUGGCCUCCUGCCAGUGGAGCGCCUGGCGCAGCUGACCUCGGGCGGCGAGUUCGCAGAGGAGCUCACCUGCCGCGUGCGCUCACCCGCCGACGAGCAGGCCACAGGCGUUGUCCGCUUCAGGUGGCGACGUCCAGCCGAAGCUGCAGCAGUGGAGCCGCCGGCAGAGGGCGUCGAAGCAGCAGCGGAGGCCGUCACGGCCGAAGAGGGCGGCGCUGGGCCCGCAGCCGAGGCCACCGUUCGCGCUGAUCAGCUCUCGGAGGAGGACGCUAAGCGUAUCCUGGAUUGCGUUCGGUUCCCGCACCUCGAGCACAAAGAGCUGCUGGCGGCCAUGAGGGAUCCUGUGCUUGUCCAGGUGGGGGCCCAGCAGCGGGUGAUGGAGGCGCUGUCCUCGCGCCUGAGCCAGUACGAGCACGCCCCGGAGGCGGGCGCCCUGUCUGCGCAGGAGGCCCGGCCCUCGACGAUGGCCGCGUCUGCGAGGGGCCCUUCUGCUCCACUGGCAGCCGCCGCGACGCUGCGGCCCACCCCGCCCGCCACCGCCGGCGCAGCCGAGGCCUCCGCCGGCCCCGAGCGGCAGCAGGCGUGGGCGGCGCAGGCGCCCGCCAGCCCCGAACAGCAGCCGCGUGAAGCGCCUGAGCCGUCGCCCCGGGAGCACCUGGCCGGUUCCGCUCACGCUGCGAUGCGCGGCGGCCUCCGGGCGACGGCGCGCGGCGGGCUGCAGCGGCCCCUCUCGUCGGGCGGGGGCUCUGCGGGGCACCCGCUGUUCCCGUGCGGCUCGUGCGGCCAGGGGCAGCUGCUGCUGCGCCAGGGGGACACUGCGCAGUGGUGCGCGAAGUGCUCGAGGUGCCCGCAUAACGUGUGGCUGCCUGGCUGCGUGACGGCGGCCGCCGUCGACGGCUUCUGUGCCGCCUGCACCGUGCGCCUGGGCUCGGAGGUCCGGACGCUCACAGUGCGGGUGGGCCGCGAGCACGGUGCCGCCCUGCUGAGACUGCCGGGGGGCGUAGACACGCUGCGCGGCAUGUGCGUGGCCGGCUGCAGCGACGCCCUUCUGCGGCUGGGCGAGUGA